UGAAUUUCGUCUCCGCUUUUUUGGUGAUAGAUCGAUAGCUGUAAACAUAUAUACAUUCAAAAUGCACAAAAGUGAAUUGAAGUGAAUCGAAUAAAAUGUGCUAGCGCGACAAUGUGCGGUGUCCCUGUGGCUGUGUGUUCUAUGUUCGGUCGAGUGACCCGGUGAAGAUGGACACGGUCAGAUGAUCGAGGAGUCAGCCGCGCAAACCACGCAAGCGGCUUAUAGGGCGCAUCAUGCAGGUGUUCGGUGAAUGGGCGCAAGUUGAGGUGGUGGAACUAGUGAACGAUGGAUCGGGUCUCGCAUUCGGUAUCGUCGGCGGUCGAUCCUCUGGCGUCGUCGUCAAGAGCGUGCUACCUGGAGGUGUGGCUGACAGGGAUGGCCGCUUACGCAGCGGCGAUAUGCUGCUCCGUAUUGGCGCGGUGUGCGUCGUCGGGAUGUGCGCUCGGCAAGCCGCAGCCGUGCUCCGGCAGUGCGGGGCCUGUGUGCGGUUGUUGGUUGCGCGGCCUGCACACAGUAACACAUUGCAACCGACAUUACAAUCCCUCGGUGCGUCUCAGGCACCAAUUGUACCGUCACGGCUACUAGCUGACCCCAUAGAGCUGGAACGGGGCUUGGCUGAGGCGGGGCAUGAUGGGUUUGGGGCUCUAUCCGAAGACACGACUCCUCCGUCACCACCACCCACGAUCAUUGAGGAGAGAUUGCAUCAUCGGCCUGUAGCAUCAAUCGUGGCAGUCGUACCAAGAGGAGCACUUGCGCCGUCACCUCGUCCACCACCACUUAUAAUUACUUCGGAACCCCAGCCACCACCUGUUAGGUUACCGUUAGACAUGGCGGUGCGAGGCACGGGAGAACCAGAGACUCUAAGUUACGAAGUAGAUCUUAAUAAGGACUCUGCUCUUGGUCUUGGCAUCACCGUGGCUGGAUACGUCUGCGAGCAAGAGGAGUUAAGCGGUAUAUUCGUGAAAAGCAUCAGCGCCGGCAGCUCCGCGGACUUGUGUGGCAAGAUCCAAGUAAACGACAGAAUUGUUGAGGUGGACGGCGUGUCCCUACAUGGCGUUACAAAUCACAGGGCGGUUGCCUUGUUACGUGAUGCCAGAGGGCCUGUCGUGAGGUUAAAAGCUUUAAGAUACCUUCGAGGGGCGGGGUUUGAGAGACUUCAAAAGGCAUUAGCGGCUCAGGAUGGUAGAAGAUCACCGAUAGCUCCACCCAGUCCUUCCGUCACUUCGCUCGCCAAAUAUAGUUUUAGUGUGUACGACGAAUCAACAGUAAUAGAAGCAGAACCGGAGUCAGAGAUACAACCACACUUACCAUCUCCCACCUCUCCCUCUGACGAAGCAGAGAUAGUUAUCGGACGAGAUGACGAUAUCUCGGAACGCGAGAUAAGAAGAAUACAAGAUAAGUGGCGGGACAUCUUGCAAGAAGAACCUGACUGGCCUGGUCACCAAUAUCAAUACGAUAUCAUUGUCGGCACAAUAAUGAAGGAAAAGGACAAUGGUCUAGGGAUAUCCCUCGAAGGUACGGUGAGAGUGGUCGCGGGAAAAGAAGUGCAAGCAAGACACUACAUCAGAGCUAUCGCACCGAAUGGCCCUAUCGCUAAAUUGGGCAUUUAUAAAGUUGGAGAUGAACUAUUAGAGGUAAACGGGUGGCGAGUACUAGGAGCACAUCACGUCGAAGUGGUGACGCGACUACGCGCAGUGAAGUCGCCCGUAUUGCUCGUGGUCGUGCGCAAGCGGAGCGACGCGCACAACAGGCCUGAUCAUAGCUUUGCGAGGAGUGGUAUCAUAGGCGGUAGUCUACAAGACUUGCUGGCCCCACCGCAACGUCUCAUCAAAGCUAAGUCAGAGAGUUCUGUUGCAUCUCUGUGCAGUGCAACCACGGUCAUGUCAGCGGGCCAUGAUCAUGAUGAAUUCUGCUCCGACGAUCUUGAACGCAACAGGUCUAGAUCCCUAGAGCCUCUGAGUGGGCUGGCGAUGUGGAGCGACCAGGUGGAGUACAUCCAGUUGCAGAAAGAAGACAGGGGUCUCGGAUUUUCUAUACUGGACUACUUGGAUCCGUCGGAGCCCGGUAGUUCGGUGAUCGUGGUGCGCUCGGUGGUGUGCGGCGGCGCGGCGGCGGCGGACGGCCGGCUCGCGCCCGGCGACCGUCUCGUGUCCGUCAACGGCCGGGACGUGGCGCGCUGCAAGCUCGCCGUCGCCGUCGACGCCAUCAAAAGCGCGCCCAGAGGUAUCGUCACUAUUGGGGUAGCUAAACCACUACCUUGCAGCACCGUGGUUGGGGGAGAAAGGGCGAACGGACACAGCGUACAAAGCAGUCAGGAAUGCAUAAAUUCAUUGGCGUCUGAUGAUCAUACGGGAAUGGAUUCUUUUCACGAAUGUUUGCAAGAAUACGGAGAAGGUUUGGAAGUAGUACAAAUUUGCUUAGAGCCUGAAGAGUCGUCUAUAAAGGAUGAAGAGUUGUCUGCCUUGGCUGAUAUAAGCUAUGAUGAUUACAAAAAAGUCGAUUCUUUAAAUGAUAAUAGCAAGUUUAUUUCUCUUGGAAAUAAUGACACUGAAAAGGUUAAUGGUAUAACUGAACUUAAAUCUUCAAAGUCAGACGAUUCUUUGGACGAACAAGAAGACGAUUUGACAAUAACGGAAGAUGACGUCCUUGUUGCUCCUAGAGAAUUAACCAUAAGAAGUAAGUCAGCAGAUAGAAAGGGCACGGAAAGCGACAGAUGUCUAUCAAAACAACAAAGUAAAGAUUUGUCAACGUCAGACGAAAUGGUGUUUGCCGUUACGCCAACUGGCUUAGAGAGAAUAAGCUUCGAAAAAUAUUGGAAGGAGUGUGAUAUCAAUAAAGACAAAUUAAAGAAUGACGAAAGUUGGAAAGAAUCCAUAAAUUCACCUACCGAUGAAACCGCGAGUUUUUAUGACGCAACCACAAGAAUUUCCGUCCAGGAACAUAACAAUUCUCUAUUAUAUAUUGACCAUGAAAUUGACGGUUACGAAACAUGUCUAGAUGACGACUCAUCGUCUGUAAAGUGCUCGAAAAAAAACGGUCAUAAAAUUAACGGCGAUAGUGAGAUCAAAGAGUUAGGUAAACACGAUAAAAUAGUUAUUAGAAACAAAGACAACGAUGCUUGUGCCAAAACUAUUAAAGAUCAGAACACUGCCAAUACCGUUGACGAAGUGUCGUCUUAUGGCCACCCAUACAUAGAAGAGCAUAUAAUUAAGCAAAUGAAAUCAUUGAGAAUAGAACCUUUGAAUGUAAACAUAGGAACCAAGAAAUUGAAGAAAAAAAGUCCAACGAAACCGUCCAAGAAGGAACGUCGUUGCAUCGAAUACUAUAACGACCAAGCUGAAUGUUUACAAGAGAUACGCCAAAAGAAGCUUGAAGAAGAAGAAGAAGAACAUAAAAAUAAAGAGCAGCAGAGAAUUUUAGAUACUAGUCUAAUUAAGAUGGAGAAGAAAAUGCUAUCAAAGCAGCAAUUGAGUGAGGACUCGAUGGAUGCUGAACCAAAUUUUGUACCAGGCUGCCAUAAAUGUUUUCUCGAAAGCUAUGCCUAUGAAAUAACUAAAGCAUAUAUAGCCGAAGCUACGGCUUGUAAAUAUUGUGAUGUAAUUAGGGAUAUGUUAGAGGUACCUACAGUUUUAUCGAGUAGAAGAAGAUCAGCACCAGCCUUAGUAAAUUUAGAUAGCCCUGGAUCUGAUACGGAAGAUGAGGAUCUGUUGGCUGUUCCUGUUGUAAAAGAUAGAAGAAAAUCUACUGGCCCGUUGAAAUUUCCAGUACCUGCUAGAAGAACUAGUCACGUGUCCCCAACAAUGACGGUAACAGUGUCAUCCGGUCGGCGUGAUGGCGGCUCCAGUCAACGAUGGGGACCACCACGUAGAGUUACCCUCAGAAGACGACCUGGUGCACCGUUAGGAGUCAGCAUCGUCGGUGGAAAGGUGGAUAUCAUUGCUAACCAAAAUGGCCAAAAUGGAGACGAAAAGGCGAUAUUCGGUAUCUUCAUCAAAAACGUCGUACCUAAUAGUCCAGCGGCACUCAGUGGGGAAUUGCAGACUGGUGACAGAAUCCUUGAAGUGGACGGGGUAUGCGUCAGAACGGCACAACAUGAAAGAGCUGUCGAAUUGAUCAAAGCUGCACGAGAUAUAGUCACGUUGACUGUCCAGAGCUUAAUAACUUGGAAUACGGAUUCAUCAGACGUAGAGGCGUCACCUCCAGCCGUAUCACCUCCGCGACCAAGUAUUAAGAAGACGCCCGCGCCAAAACCUCCAAAACAUGAUAUAAAGAUAACGGUAACCGAGCCAGACGUAGAAAAGGAAACGGUAAAAGCAGAGCAGAACGGAAAACCAGAAGAAAAGCCAGUACAGAAUGGUGAGGCAAAACCUUCUAAGCCAGUGUAUUCAGAUUCUGAUAGCAGUGACGAAGAGGAUGAAAGAGAAUUACAAGGAAGAACUUAUUCAGAUAAGGGAGUUGAGAUCGACCGUGCUUCUGCAGGUGCCAUUAAGCGUAGCAGAGAAGAGAAGGAAGCUGACCCUGAAGAAGAAGACGACUUCGGCUAUACAACAAAUAAAAUCAAGAAGAAAUAUGCAUCCCUCGGCGACAGUGUUGUGGUUGUCAAGUUGGAAAGGACCCCGAAAGCUGGACUCGGUCUCAGCCUCGCGGGUCACAGAGACAGGAGUCGCAUGGCUGUGUUCAUAUGCGGUAUGCACCCGGCCGGAGCUGCUGCGAAGUCGUCACCACCUAUCAAAGUUGGUGAUGAGAUCUUGGAGGUGAACGGCAUAGUACUGCACGGAAGGUGCCAUCUUAAUGCGUCCGCUAUCAUCAAGGGUCUUGUAGGACCUGUCUUCAAAAUCAUCUUAUUGAGACGGAAGGCGGCAUUGGAAGAUGUGGCUGUUAAACCUAUUACACAGUUCCCUGUCGGUCUCGACGAAGAGGCGGACGACCGAUUCGCUGGCUACAAAGGCGUACGAGACAUCACUAUAAAAAAGGGUCCUUCUGGGUUGGGCAUAAUGAUAAUAGAAGGAAGACACACAGAAGCUGGUCGUGGUAUCUUCGUUUCCGACCUCCAAGAAGGUAGCGCUGCAGAACAGGCUGGAUUGAAUAUAGGAGACAUGAUUCUAGCUGUGAAUAGAGAUUCACUUCUUAGUUGCAGUUAUGAUGCCGCAGCUGCCAAAUUGAAACAAACCGAAGGUGUAGUUAUAUUGACAGUAUGUAGUCCAAAUAUGAAAGACCCCUCUGAUAAGACUGAUGAGUCGGCGUCAGGUGCUUCAGGUAAUAAAACGGAUCCAUCUCGCCCGACAACACCAAAGCCAGCGCCUUCGCCGGCCAAACCGGAGCCCCCAGCAGAUCCAGCAACAGCACCGAUAAAAUCUAAUCAAGAUACAGUAAUAGAAAUUAAUACUAACAACGAAGUCCUCGGUAUAUCCUUACUCGGAGGAAGUGAUACUCUUAUUAAUGGUCCAGCAGCGGUUAUAUUGGAAGUAUACAAGAAUGGAGCGAUAGCGAAGGACGGCAGAUUAAAAGUAGGCGAUCAGAUCAGAGACUGCAACAGUCUCGCUAUAAAUAAAGAUAUGACGUACGAGAGGAUCUGUUUGUCGAUCAAGCUUAAAGUGCCCAAGAUGAAAAUGACAGUCUACCGUCCCGACCCUCUCCAGUACGAAGAGGUGGAAGUGGAGUUAACUAAGAAAUCUGGUCGACCCUUAGGCCUAAACUGCGUCGCUCCGUUAGAGGGCACGGGAGUUUAUUUAGGAGAAUUGCUUCCAGGCUCUCCAGCUGAAGUGGACGGUAAGCUGCAAAGAGGAGACUUCUUGGUAGCAGUCGAUGGUAAAGAUGUAUCCACAGCUGAAUCCAUAGCCGUAGCCGCCAUAUUAAAAUUAUGUAACAACAAGACCACCAUUAAAGUUAAGCGAUUCAAAAUAGUCCCUAGGUAAUUGUGAUAAGGUGCAGUUUGGAAUAAAUAGCUCGGGGGUUAACUACGUUGAAGGAAGUUGGGGCUUAUUGCAUUGUUAUAGAGAUCGACUCGCAAUGACUAAGAUUAUAUUGUAAUAAAGAAAUUUCUAUCAAUUCUAUGGAGGUUUUAGUUUUAAUUGUUUUAUUUUAUUUAUCAGUCACACGAAUAUCGUCUUUAUUAUAACGUGAUAGGAAUCAAAUUAGAUUUUAAAUUUCAGAUAUAAGGUUGCAUAACAUGUUUAGAAGUUAAUAGUCCUCGAAGAUUUUAAUUGUUUUUUUUUUUUUGUUAUUAUCAAAUAUCUUUCUUAAUAAUAAUAAAAAAUAGCGUCACUUUAUUAAUGAUGUCACGAUUAAUAAUAAUGUAUGGGUCUAAAGCCACGUCAACUUUUUAUGAUGAAGUAAAUGUUUGUUUAAUCAAAUAUAUUUUUUUUAAUUUUUCACAUUAAAAAUAAUGCGUAACGAUAUUUUAUUAUUGACUUCGUUUUAAACAGCGUAUUAUUAAAUAUGGGAAUUUAAGAUGGGGCGGCUAUAUGACAUUUCAGAAAAAUGUUCUUAAACUCUGUAAAUGAAAAAAGUACAAUCAACAAAAACAAUAAACUGGAUAAUAUUACUUUUUAACAUUGCCGUAGAGAAAAUCAACUCAAAAAAAAUAAUUAAUCAUUAAAUAUAAUCGUAGUUUGAUGCAUUAGACUGACGUUCAGGUUGUCCUCUAAAUAUAAAGACGAUUUUUUUUUUGCUUUGUGAUGGUUUUCAAAUAUCGAAUUUUAAAAUUACAGACAAAUACAGUCGUUGUUCUCACAAUGAAGCCAUUUUUUUAAUUUCUUAAAUUGCCCAUAUUGUUCUUUGAAAUCUGAAUUUGUUUAGUUUCAUAACAACGUGGAACAUUUUUCUAAUUAGAUUUGCAAGAAUAUCAUCAUUAAUAAUCUUAUGAUUAAUAUCUUGUCCAGUGAAAGAAUAUCAUUGCUCGCUGAAAUAUAUUCGGUUUGCUAAUUUUCAUUGUUUUGCCCGUCUUAAAUUAACAUAUUUUAUUGUUUCCGGAUCGUGAAGUGACUAGACAAUAAGAUAUUUGAAUAACUAACAUAAAUUAAUAUUAAUAACAUUUG